ACUGCAGACAUAGUACAGGAGAUGACCAGAGACUGCAGACAUAGUACAGGAGAUGACCAGAGACUGCAGACAUAGUACAGGAGAUGACCAGAGACUGCAGACAGUACAGGAUAUGACCAGAGACUGCAGACACAGUACAGGAGAUGACCAGAGACUGCAGACACAGUACAGGAGAUGACCAGAGACUGCGGACAGUACAGGGGAUGACCAGAGACUGCGGACAGUACAGGGGAUGACCAGAGACUGCGGACAACAAUACACGAGAUGACCAGAGACUGCAGACAUAGUACAG